CCAGACAGCGGAGCGUUCCGGCAGCAGCCGCCGCCGCAGCAGCAGCUUCACCCUCGGGGCGAUUUUCCACCAGCUCCUCCACCAUUUAACCCGGCGGUUCAUGUUUUUUUUUUUUUUUACGAUUUGCAGCUCGGACGGAGGCAAUUACCCAGACUUCAUUUAUCACAAUGUCUCUUUCCCGAUCGACUGAUAGUCAAAUGAGUUCAGUAACUGCGGGACUGAUCUGAUCGCAGACUCAUGACUCUCAACUUUCGCUUCUCUGUCGGACACCAUGGUGGAGCCUUUUGUGCUCAGAACCCAGCCGAGCGCGGCUGAAUUCGGAUUAUUUUGACUUGCUCGCUCUCUCCAAGAGGUGUUUUUCCAGGGCUUCCUCUCGUCGCUGGUCGCUGUCCUGCAGGAGCUCAUGCAUUCGCCAAGGGAGAGGAGCGAAGUGCGACCCCGAGCUGGAUGGAUGGUUAUGGGGAAAGGAGGAAGACCCUCGGCGCUUCAAGUGUGCAGAGUCGUCGCUGUGUUUCUCUCGCUCUUCCCUUCCGUGAGUCUGCAGUGCAAGAUCCUCAAGUGUAACUCGGAAUUCUGGGCCUCGACGUCAAACUCUGCGCCGGAAGAGGAGUUCUGUACGGCGCUGCGGACCUACACCAGCUGCGUGCGGAGAACCGCACGCACCUGCAGGGGCGACUUGGCGUACCACUCGGCGCAACAUGGAAUCGAGGAUUUAAUGAGCCAACACAACUGCCCCAAAGAGGGUCCCACAUCCCAACCACGGCCCGGGCCUCCUCUCCUCCCUCAGUCCCCUCAGCUGCUACCGGAUACUCAGGAGCGUUCGGACGGCCCGGAGGUGUGUCACUACGAGCGGAGUCUCCCGCGGAACGCGGCGCCGCCGAACUACACCCACUGCGGCUUCUUCGGCGACCCCCACCUGCGGACGUUCAACGAUGACUUCCAGACGUGUAGGGUGGAAGGAGCCUGGCCGCUCAUCCACAACAAAUACCUGUCGGUGCAGGUGACCAACACCCCUGUGGUGCCGGGAUCAUCAGCAACUGCUACGAGCAAGCUUACGAUCAUCUUCAAGAACUUCCAGGAAUGCGUGGACCAGAAGAUGUACCACGCGGAGACGGACGAGCUUCCCGGUGCGUUCGCCGACGGCUCCAAGAACGGCGGCGACCGCCACGGCGCCAACACCCUCCGCGUGGUGGAGAAGGUUCCCGGGCAGCACGUGGAGAUCCAAGCCCGGUACAUCGGCACCACCAUCGUGGUGCGGCAGGUGGGCCGCUACCUGACCUUCGCCGUGCGGAUGCCGGAGGAAGUGGUGAACUCUAUGGAGGAAGGCGACGACCAGGACUUGUACCUGUGUCUUCACGGCUGCCCCGUCAACCAGCGCAUUAACUUCAGGAGCUUCCGGGCCCGAGCGGCGGAAGGUUCGGGUCGGAGCCGGAGCAGCGCCUUCACCUACCAGACUGCCAGGGCCAAGUGCAAAGAGAGACUCCCGGUGGAGGAUCUGUACUUCCAGUCGUGCGUCUUCGACCUGCUUUCGUCCGGAGACAUCAACUUCACCAUGGCUGCCUACUACGCCUUCGAGGACGUGAAGAUGCUCCACUCCAACAGCAAACGGUACCACAUCUAUGAAAAGGACUCCUUUCUCGGGAACAGAGCGCCGGGAGGCCAAGACCUCCUCCUCCUGCUCAACGUCCUGGUGGUCCUCCUGUGUUGCACCCUUCAUCUAUAGUCACUUUACACGUAGAAGGUUUCCUCCAUCUUGAAUUGCUCCACCCGUCGUCGCAUCCUGGUCUGUGAAGGGGGCGCUGACAUGGGACAGUCCCGCUAUUCCGGGCCGUCAGGAUAUCCACCUGGGAUUAGACCCGCAUGCCUUCGAGAAUCCGGACAAGAUGAUCUCCUGCAGAAAGACGCGGCUCCGCCCACUUCUGAUCCUCUCAUUGGUGCCAAGCCAGCGUCGCUCAUGUGGCGAGGCAGGACCUGACAGCGCCUUUUGUUAGUCUGAAGAGCAGCGCCACGUCAGGUUAGCUUCCUCAGAGCCUGCAGAAGAAGGUCUCCAGUCGUCUGCCGUGGAGGGUAGCGGGUCACAUGCCUGGGGGUAUACGACUGCUGUGUCUGUGGCCGAUUUGGUCCCGAAAAAAGCAGGGCGUUUUCACUCUGCCAUUGUUUUCAGUAGUUCCUCAGACAGUGUUUUCUGGUUGUAAUGUGAAUGUAGCAAACAAAACAGUUCACGCGGCAUGUUUAGCGUUACACGUCCAGGUGUCAAUCCGGAAUCCAUUUGAACAAUCGAACAAACAAAAAACGCUGAACAAAUUUGACAUUUUACAUUUUUGCUCUGCUUGUCUUUCUUUCUACCGUCGCCAUGGAGAUGACUACACUGAAGUAUUCAGCAGGCCUGGCUACUGCGAUACACUAAAAUAUAGGAGCAGUGUGACGACAACAGAAAAAAAAGAUUGUGACUUUAAAUCAGUGUGAUUUGUGUUGUGACUUCUACAAAUAUAUGUGUGUGUGUGUGUGUACAUAUGAUUUGUGAGUUGUAAUUUUGUAUAUUACCAGUUGUGUUUCAUCACUCCAGAUGUUUUUGGUGAAUGUGAAACUUUUAUUUUGAAAAGGGAUUGUGUGGAAACAUGAGCGCCGCAGAACUCCUGCACGAACUGGAGUCAAUUUAAAAAAUAUAUCAUUGCGAGAUCCCUCGAAUUAUAUUGAUCAUAUACCACUAAUGUUUAUGGACUUCUUUCACCUGAGAAUAGAAUUUUGAAGGAUAGUUUUGCGGCGCUGAUGUUUUUCUCAGUUCUAAGCACUUUAUUUUUAUUUUUGUUUGUUUCAUCUAGCUCUUAUUUUGUCGGUGGAUAAAAUAGAUCAAAUAGAAAGGUCAAACUGUAUUUGUUUGUAAAAUAAAUGUGGUGAAACACGCCAGUUGUUUAUAAUGUAAAUUAUUUAUUGAAUAAAUG